UGAAAUUAAUGAAAAUACUUUUAGUACACACUUCUCCCGAGGAUGAUGGAAAUUUCUUGUCUACUCGUGCUAUUGGCAAUCCCAUGGACAGAUGCUCAGUACACAAAUGUAGUCCUCAGUCAGGGUACCCUUGUCGGGAUCAAGGUUUUCCCGGAGUCCUCACGUAUUCCAGUUUAUGCCUUUUUGGGUAUCCCAUAUGCAAAACCCCCGAUGGAUGAGCUGAGAUUUGCUCCGCCAGUUUCUCAUCCAGGAUGGAAUGGUACCCUCAUAGCACGUGACUUUCAGCCAAUCUGCCCACAAAUAGAGCGAAGUCCUCUGGAGGAUUCCAGUGACUACAACCCACUGGCGUCGCAUACAAGUGAAGAUUGUCUCUUCCUCAACGUGUGGACACCAGAGACGGGAUUUCGGUAUGGCAAUAUCCCCGUUGUGGUUAUCAUAACAGGCGAAGAUCAUGCCUUUGACUACCUGAGGCAUAGACCAACAGGACUAGAUCUUGCUUCUGAGGGCAUUGUCGUCGUUACAAUUCAAUAUCGAUCGAAUAUCUUUGGCUGGUUAAGUCUGCAGCACGAAUUGGCGCCUGGAAAUUUAGGACUACUCGAUCAGAAUCUCGCUCUUCUCUGGGUACAGAGAAACAUCCAUCAAUUUGGCGGUGAUCCCAAACGGGUCACACUCCUUGGGCAUGGUACAACUGGUGCAGCUAAUGCAUUUAUUCAUCUAACAAGCGCCAAGUCGCGGAGUCUCUUUACACGACUAAUCAUCAUGUCAGGAUCGAUCUUUUCAUCCUACUCAUAUCAAGAUCACAAUACAGAUCAAAUGGAUUUAACUCCUUCGGAGCAAUUAAUUCACAUAUUGGCAUGUGAUUCAACUGAAAUACGCUACACCCUCACAUGUUUGAGGCGCAAAAGUGUGGGAGAUCUCCUGAGAGCCUUCGAGUUAAUUUAUCAAAUGGGAAAUUAUACAAAACUCCUUGGUCCUGUUCUCGAUCGACGCUUCCUCCUUGAUGAUCCACGGAAACUUAUUGCAUCUGGCACGUAUUUAAUGGAUAUUCCCAUCCUAUUGGGAAUUUGCAACAAUGAAGGUGCCUUCCUGCGUGAUUCUUGGAUUGAAUUUGGGAAGCAGGGUUCGCAGAAGCUCAAAACUUUCAUUGACACCUCAAUCGUUUCGAACAUUCUGGAGCACUAUGAGUACAGCGGAGCAGGUCAAGCACAAAUACGUGAGACAAUUGAUUGGAGAUUCUUCGAUCAGGUUCCCAGGAGUAGGAGUGUCCCCUAUCUAGUAGAUGCCCUCCAGAGAUUGGUGUCUGAAGCCAAAUACGAAGUUCCCUUCUUCGAGGGAAUUGAACUUUUGUCUGGGGAUUUAAUGGGGAUCAAUGGUACUCCAGCCAUAGUUCGAUAUCGGGGCCAACAACAAGCGAUCGCUGAAAGUGGUCGUAAUGUGAUUGUGAAGAAAAGCAGCCUUUUUGUGUAUUCAUUCCAACAGCCAUAUUCCAUUGAUAUGCGAGGACGCGUUAAUUACUUUGGAGGUGCCUCCCACACAUCGGAUCUUCCCUUCCUCAUGGGUCCGAGUCUGCUUCAACAAAUUGGUCGUCGUCGUCUAUCGCAAUCAGAGGAUAAGUUGUGCAAAAAACUACGGCAGUACUUUGGAGAUUUUAUCAAAUCAGGAAAUCCAACACCUGGAAGGCUAUUUGAUGCAUGGAAACCAUACACGAAGGAUGCUAAAUACAUAAAAAUCCUCUCAUCAAAAAUGGACACGGUAUCUGUGCAGGAGGAAGCUCUGCAGUCGGGUAUGGAGAAAAAUAUUGUGAUGAUUGAGCACAUUUUUUCCGACAAUCGCCAGGAUGUAUUAGCAACAGCUGUCCCCCAGAAUCCAUAUCAAUUGAGCAGCAAUCUCCCGAGUGGCCGUGGAGCCGUGUCGCGUGGUCAAAAUGAUGACUACACAAAUGACAUUGUCAAUUUGCAGUACUACAGUGAAUUGAGCAAAGUCUACUCGUUCUGGAGGAAACUCCUUCCACGCAUCUACGAGAAUGCCCACCUGAGUGACCAAUUGCUGAGUGGGCGGCAGGACAUGUCGGGCAUUCAAUUCUUCGAAAAUCCCACAAGCAGCAAAUACAAGCAUGCAUUUUUCUCAAUGCUCACCCUUGUGUGCUUACUCCUCACCGUUCUAUGCGUCUGUGUGUACAUCCUCAAGAGGAAUACAAGAAAUUUUGGGAGUGUUUUAUGACAAAAACUCUCAAGCCUACGAAAUUGGAUUGUCCGACAAACAAGGCGGUGUCUUCACAAAUCACCAACCAAAAACGACACCGAUAGGACUGAAGACAUUACUUUGCCACCCGUUGAUCCCAAAGAAGCACCCGCAGUACACGAAGAAACUGCCGCUUAUGCCCUCGAUGGGAGUCUUGAAGUGCGCAAUUGGAGAUACCAUCUCACAAAUAAUCGAUUCUAAAAUAAUCACCUUUCACCUGCCUAAAAUGUUGAUUAAUUGACUUUUUUUUUCUUUGUAACAUUUCUAAAUUUUCAACAAAAAAAUUUGUAUAAUAUUCA